CAACAGGAGCGUCUUGGUGUGGCCGCUAACGGCACUGUCUAUGCUUUAUUCCCUCGCGGCUUGGCUGCAGCUGGUCCCGGCUCUCCAGAUGCUCAAAUUGAACAAGAUGAGCUGCCCUUGACGCCUAAUCAAAAGCUCAUCAUAAUCGACCGUCAACCUUCUGGCGAGCCCGAAUGGAUGCUAGCUGAAACUGUGGAAUCUGUAGAUGAGGGCUCUUCACCCGUCGAAUAUCCAGUCUCCCUCGCCACCGAUGAACUAACUUCCAACAGUUGCAGUGAGCUCAGCUCAGAGGCUCAGCCUUGUCUGAUGCGUCGUCGUGGUCUCGUGCCCCGAGCAUAUAUCUCAUGUUACCCGCUUGUCAGAAUACCUCCGGCUAGUCGCCCCAUCCCUCUACUAUCUGUUUCUACGGAUUCCCCUUCAUUCCCACAUCUGACUCGCCUGAGCCUUACCCCUGCCAUCUCGGCUGCCACGGUCGUCUCGAUGCCCAGCUUUGGGCUUCAUUCUAUUGAUCAAUCUGCUUCAGCUAUUGGUUCCAUCCCUCUUGAACCAGGGGAUCUUCAGAUUCAACGACAACAGCAACAAUUUUCUCAAACUCUAGUCCCUUUAGACUCGGCUUCUGCGAGUCCUGCAACAUUUUCCAUCGGGCUUGUCUGUCGGGCCAUCGAUGCUGAUGAUGAAGAGGAUGCGAUUGCGGAUGCAGAUGAUUUCCACGGUGCUAAUCUGGCAACUACUGCUUCAAACAAGGCAUCUGAAGAUAUAUUUAGUGGCAGAACAUCAAAUAAUAGGUGUGAAGACUCAAAAAUAGAAAAUGAGCCACGGGUAAUAUUUCCAAGUGAGGCAAAUGAGAAGACAUCUAAAACGGAUUUAGCGGCACGAGCUAGGCAGGAAGAGGUCAGCUCCUCUCAUGGGCUUCAUUCCUACAUGGGGCCUGAAGACAAUCAUAAAGGUUUUAUAGGCUUCUUUCAAAAAAAUAAUUGCUUGUCUGCUUUGCUUCAUCAGUUGUUGUAA